UUGAAAAUUUGAAAAUUUUAGUUUUAAUGUAUUUUGUUUAACUUAAUUAAUUUUUGAGAUUGUAUGGUUGGUAUCACUGUACCACAGCUGUUCAUUUUGAUGGUUAUUAUCUAAUAUAAUCAUCGAGAUGUAGCACGGUCUUAGAACCGUUAAGACCGCGUAAUUUAGUAUAUUAUUUAUAUUAUUAUUAUAUAUAUAUUCAAUGAUAAUAUCAUAGAGUAUAUUAAUAUAUUAUUAUUAUUCUCUAUGGAUAAUAUCGAUGAUUUUGUAUUUGUGUGAGUAUAAGUAAGUUUAUGUCUGCAAUAGUGCAAUCUGCAAGAGUGUUUAACUGUUUUUGCGUAAAAAAGUAAGAAGUAUAAGUUUUUGUAUCGACAUUAAUUGUUAUAAUAUGACUAUUGACUAGUGUAAUAGUGUGAUAAUUUUUACUUUUAAAAAUGGCUAAAAAAUUAAAAACCAUUCUAUUUCAUUACACGCGUUAUGGAGUCGAGGUUAACAAAAAAACUCUUUAUACAUGUAAUUACUGCAAAUGGAAAACCGUAGUUAAUGUAACCAGAAUGUAUGACCACAUAUAUAAUAAAUGUACUAAAUGCCCAAAUAUGGUAAAAAAUAAAUCAAGUGGUAUAGACGGUAUAGUUGAAUCACUUGAAUCUAAUGAAAAUGUUGACUUCGACAAGCCUGAUACUCAAUCAAAUGAAAACAAGCAAGAGACUCAGGAACAAAAAAAAGUUAUUCGUCAACGUAAUAUGACAAACUUUGUCGAUUUUAUAACAAAAGAUGAGCAGUUAAAAAUUGAACAACUAUUUGCAAGAGCCAUUUAUUCGAGCGGAACACCUUUUCAAAUUGUUGAAAAUGCAAAUUGGAAAUUAUUUUUCAAAAUCCUUCGUCCAUCUUGGGAAGUUCCAUCUCGUUAUAAAUUAUCAACUAGUCAUUUAGAAGAAGAAUAUAAUAGUGUAAAGCAAAAUGUUGAUUCUAAAAUUUAUGAAUCUCGUAGCUUAGGAUUGAUGUGUGAUGGUUGGACAAAUAUCCGUAGAGAGCCAAUUAUCAACUAUGUUAUUACUACUCCUGUACCAAUUUUCUAUAAAACUAUUAGUACAGGAGCUGUAUCACAUUCCGGUGCUUACAUUGCCAAAGAAAUUUCAUCAAUCAUCCAAGAUCUUGGCCCAAACAAAGUUUUAGGAGUAGUAACUGAUAAUGCUAAAAGCAUGAAAUCAGCAUGGGACAUUUUAAAAAAAGAAUAUGGUCAUCUUGAAGCAUAUGGGUGUGUUGCUCAUGGCUUAAAUUUACUGGCAAAAGAUUUAGCAGAGUUGGACAAUAUUUCUUCAGUAGUAACUAGUGGUAAAAAUAUUGUCAAAGAAAUCAAUCUUUCACACAAGCUAAAUGCAAUAUUCAAAGAAAAGCAAACUGGGAAAAAAUUAACUCUUAAAUUACCAGUAAAAACUAGAUGGGGUUCUCAUGUGGCUUGUCUUGGAAGUAUUUUAGAUAAUAAAAGUGCUCUGCAAUUAUUCGCUAUUGAUGAUAGAGUUGUUAAAGUAUUAUCUGAUGGUACAAAAAAAGAAUUACUUUGUGAUACAUUUUGGAAAGGUAUCAUACAGAUCUAUAGACUUCUUAAACCUGUUGCUGAUUGGAUAACAAUAAUUGAAGGUGAUGCACCACAAAUUAGUUUGGUUCCCACAAUAUUUAAAGACUUAAAUGAUCAUUUUGAGCAAUGUUUAAACACUCAUUCACCAGAGAAUAAAAUAAAAAUUAUGUUAUUUUUAAAAAACAGAAAAAAAUUUUGCAUUACAAGCUUACAUUAUGCUGCAAAUCUUUUAGAUCCUAUGUUACAUGGUAAAUGUUUAACAAAUGAUGAAGAACUAAAAGGAAUUGAGUGCAUGGCUAAAAUUGCUCGAAAUUCGGAUAACGUUGACGAAGGACAUAUUUUAGCUGAGUUUGCUCAAUAUAAAGUCAAGGAAGGAUUGUGGAGCAAAUCAUUCAUCUGGGAUACUGUCAGCAAAAUAUCAGCUACAACUUGGUGGAAUGGUUUGUGUUCAUCUUCUCAAUUAUCCAUAAUUGCAACAAGAAUAAUUCAACUUCCUGCAACGUCAGCCGCAUGUGAAAGAACAUUUAGUUCAUAUGGAAAUAUUCACACAGCAAAGAGAAAUCGACUCACUAAUGAUCGUGCUGGGAAGUUAGUGUAUAUUAAUCAUAAUUUGAGACUCUUGAAGAAAAAUGUUGAAAAUAAACCUACAAUGAUACAAAGUGUGUCAUCUGUUUUGGUAAAUUCACUGCCAUUAAAUAUUGAUGAUAAUAUUUCUGAUUGCUUAUUAGAGUCAGGCCCUAAUAAAAGAAUCAAGAAAAAUCAAGAUUUAGUGGUAUCUAGUGAAAGUGAAGAAGAAUUGGGAUUUUUAAAUGACGAUGAUAAUUCUGAUGAAAAUAGUGUUCAGAAUCUUGAAGAUAAAUAUAAAAAAGGAGACUUUGCUAUAGUUAAAUAUGAAGGGGAAUUUUUUCCAGGUGUUGUAAAUGAUACAAGCCAGAGUUCAGCUUUAGUAAGUGUGAUGGUGAUGAGUGGAUCUGGAUGGAAAUGGCCUACUCCAAAAGAUGAAAUUUGGUAUAAGUAUGAUGAUGUAAUGCAGUUGAUAAAGUCUCCAGAAGCAAAAAGUUCCAGAGGAGUUUUUGAUAUCCCAGAAAUAAAAGAUUACAGAAAAUUUUAA